AUGAAUCCCAUAGAUGAAGAGAAGAAUUGGCUGAAUCUUAACAUGGGACAAAACUUUGAAGAUUCUUAUCCAGGAUCAAAACGAAUCUCAAUGAAGAUAUGCCACUUCUGCAAGAGGAAGUUCUACAUCCCACAAGCACUUGGGGGUCAUCAAAAUGCUCAAAAAAGGGAGAGAGAUGUAGCCAUAAGAUACCACUCGCUUAACAUGGACACCAAGUUCCCAAUUCAUCGAACACUUGGUGUUCAUACACACUCAAUUCCAUAUAAACCAAAAGUAAAUGAAGGGAGGGUAUUAAGCAGGGAGUUUAAGCUUCUAGGUCUUGUGGAAGACGAUGGGAAGCCUUUGACUAAUGAUGUUAGGAUCAUUAAAAAAAAUUCAAUCCCUGUGUUUGGAAAAAGGGUUCUUGAGAAUGGAGAUGAAGAAGAUGAAAGAGACAAGGGCAAAAUGGUCAUUUUGACAAAUUUAACAGCUAGGCUGUUAAAUUUGACAAUAUAA